UUAAUUUAUAUAGUUAAACAUUUAUUUAGUACUAGAAACUGAACUUUUUCCUGUCCUUUUUUUUAAUAGUGUCAAAUCAGAUUUGGUGGAAGAACUGAAUUAGCUACAGAAAAUGAUAGCAGAGUGGUAUGUUUGUGUACUCAGUUUGAAGCUGUACUGCAGCAUGGAAUGCGAAAAGUUGGGAAAGGUUUCUUACCACUUAGACAUGUUACUGGCAUGAUGAAGGGCUUUAAUAUAUUGAAUGGAGAUACAGAUCCGGUGUUUUGGCAAAUGGUGCGAAUAAUCCUCAAUAAGCAUGAAUAUGAGAGAUACAUGCUUCUUAAGAAUAUUCACACUGAUAUUGGACGUGGUAGAGCAUGGUUAAGAUCAGCAUUGAAUGAAAAUUCAUUGGAACGUUAUAUGCAUAUGAUGUUAGCAGAUAUUUCGCAAAUCAGAAAUUUUUACGAAGACUGGGCGUUUCUAAUGGAUGAGGAGCGUAGUAGUAUGUUACCUAUGAUGGCAGCAGGUCUAGGAUCAAUUCUGUUUGCCAUUAGUAUAGAUAAUCCAGAUCUGAACAUGCUUCGCCCAUCUUCCUCAGAGUCUCUUUCUGAUAAUACAAAAUGCAGUGCGCCUAAUGAUGAACUUGAACCUAAACCAGUUAUAUCGAAAUCAUAUGAACAAGUCGCUGCUAAGAAGAAGAAAAAGAAAAAGCGUCCAACAUCUCAAGUGGUUUCAUUUGAUGAUGAUGAUUUAUAUAAUGGUGUAUCACGAACUCUUGAUAUUCCUGAGUCAUGCAGUGCACCUGCAACAUGUUUAUCCUCACCUGUGCAGCUUGUGGGAAACUUCCAUGCAUUUUCCUCAGCAUCUUCCAGUAAUCUGAAAUUUAGUGGAGAAAGAAGCUGUGAUCGGGAUGAUACUAAACCUGUAGUGCAGUCAUCAGCUGCAGAAGACUGUAUCAAAUUAAAUACUCGGAAAGAAUCAGAAUAUUCAGUAAAAAGUAUUGUAAAUGCUGCAACUAGUCCUUUAGCUAUUAGUUAUGGUUCUGUAGAUUUGAAAGACUGCAAUAACAUUUCUGAGAAAAAAAUAGAUUCUUCUCAAACAUUGUGUGCUCUUUCUGAUGUUUCUGAGCCAGGUUUACCAGAACAAACCACUUUGACACCAAUUGGUGAUUCUAAUGUUGGAGAAUUAAUACCAAUUGUUCAAAAUGAUGAUACAGUUGCAUCAGAUGAUUCAGUAUCCAUUCCAAGUUUUUGUGAAGAUGUUGACAAUGCUGUUGCUGCUCUUGCAAUAGCACAACGAAUUCCAUCCUGGUCAGUUUCUUCUAAUGCAUCUCAUGGUAGUGAAAAAAGUCAACAUCGAAGUAGAAGUGAAACUUUAACAAUGUCAGCAGAUGAACUGAGAGAGGCUUUGUUGUGUGUAAUGCAAAAAAAGGAAGAAUUUGAAGAAAAAAAUAGUGCUUUACGUUGUUUGCUGGAAAGAGAGAUGGAAAUGGCUGCAGGCUUAAGAGCAGAAUUAGAAGAUCAAAAGCGGAAUUCCGAAGAAAAAAUUGAGCGUUUAGAAUUAAAAAUUCAAACUGUUACCCGGGAGAAUGAAUUGUUGAAACAUCAGCUGAAAAAAUAUAUCGCUGCUGUUCAGAUGUUGAAACAUGAUAGUGGGAAAGUACAUGAAUUAACAGCUAUUGUUGGUGAUGUACAGCCUCCUAUUCCUGAACCAAAAGUUUUUAUUGAUCACCAGUUUGAAGCAAAUGAAUAUGAAAAGAAAUUAGUUCAGGUUGCUGAAAUGCAUGGAGAAUUAAUGGAAUUUAAUGAGAGAUUACAUCGAUUAUUAUUACAGCGUGAAGCAGUAAUUCGUAGGCUGAAAGAAGAGCUGAUUGAUUUAAGAGGACCUCUUCCAGAUGAUAAUCAGACUUCUGAUGAUGACAUAAGUAUUACUUCAGAUUAUGAUGCUUCAUCUCAAACUGCAACAUUAAGGCCUUUGAUCAAUGUAUGGAUCCCAUCAGCGUUUCUGACUGGAAGAACAGCUGAUGUUCACCAUGUUUAUCAGGUUUAUGUAAGAAUACGAGAUGAUGAGUGGAAUGUGUAUCGGAGGUAUGCUCAAUUCUAUGCUCUACACAAAUUGCUAAAAAAAAAGGAUCCAAUAGUGAAUACCUUUGAUUUUCCUCCAAAGAAAACAAUAGGCAAAAAAGAUGCAAAAGUAGUAGAACAGCGCAGACGACGUUUGCAACAUUAUCUGCGAUGUGUAUUAAAUUGGCUACUUCAGACAAAUUCAGAUAUUUCCAGCAGUCCAGACAAAGAGACUUUCAUUAAUCUUUUACCAUUUUUCAGUGAUCAGUUUGAUACACAAAAAAAGCAAAAUCGUACUUCUCGUUUUCGUCAAGCAGAUAGCACUGGUUUUGAUCGUGAGCAGGAAGCAACGCCUCACUACACUGGUCUGUGAUUAUAACAUUCCAUUGCUGAGAAGCUAUUUUUUUUCAAAAAAAAAAAAAAAGAAUUAUUACUCAGUGUACUUUGUAAAGUAAUUUUGUUUUCAAAAUUGUACUCUU